AUGAGCGGGAUAUUCAACAAGGACUUCACUUCGUUGAAGCGAAGUCGGAAACACCGCACAAUCGGAUCGGGAGGGUUUCGGGCCGUGAACACCUUGGAGGGUAGUCCGACUUUAGAGCUGCAAUUAAAGAAAUCUCAACAUAUUCGAGAUGAACUUGAUUCCUUAGAUCAUUUAAAGCCGGUUCCGUACAGAGGGAACAUUUCCAAGCCUUAUAGAAAGAAUAGUUCUGGGAAGAAUGGCCCAUUGGCAACAAGAGAUACUGAGGAAAAACCGUCUAGUCAACCAGGUAGCCCCGUGGUAAGCACUCGCAUACCUAGUUCUACAAGGAAAGAAUCAACUUCUCCUUCAGUAAUGUGUGAUGUGUUUUCACAAGAAAUACAUUUGACGACAUUACUAGAUGAUAAACCAUUAUUAUACCUAAUUCUUCGAUCUAUCAAUUUCAACGGGAAACGGUUUGUAUCGGAAGAUACGCAACAGCUCAUGUUAAACAUAUCAUCUGAUAAUGAGUUCAUAUAUUUCACUCAAAGGGAAAAGCUUAUAAAUAGAAUAACCAUCAACAGAAAGACCCAUCUUAAAGGGAUAACAUUUUCCAAGCUUGGCAGAAGUUUAUUAUUGGAAUUGAAACAGAACAAGGGAUACAUAUACAUCAACUAUUUGACACCUGAUGAUGAUCUAAUGAUCUAUUUUAGACGAAUAUGGGAUAUUGAUACCAAUAACAAGGUGUCUAACCAAGAAUUGUUAUCUAAGAUGGAAGAAAUCGAGAAAAGAAGGUUGUCAAGUACAGAAGAGAUCGAGAAGAGGAUGGUAAUUGGAUCAUCUAAACCUCACAUCAUAGAGACACCAACUAGACCUCGUAGAUCAACCAGAGGUCGUCCAGGGACACCUCUCUCUCUCGAUAACGAAUCUAGUAAUAUAAACAGCUCUCCAUUUGGAAGUGCAGAAUCACCUGAAACGGUCUUAUCAGAGAAACCUGCAUCAUUCGAUCCUCCAUUGAAUUAUAAAUUUAUGGAUUCUAAAAUGUUUACCUUAACGUACUCCGAUUUUAAAACAUUAUAUAAUAAUGAUUGGAUAAAUGAUUCAGUGAUUGAUUUCUUUAUCAAGUACGAUAUUGAAAAUGCCGUUAAAGAAAACAAAUUUAAGUGGAAUGAUAUUCUUGCAUUUAAUUCAUUUUUUUUCACAAAACUUGUUUCUGGAACCGGAUUCGAUUCGGCAAUUGAUGGGGAAAUAGAUUAUUAUGGGAACAUCAAGCGCUGGCUUGUCAAAGUUGAUCUUAUGAGCCAUCCAUAUGUGAUCAUUCCAAUUAAUGAGAACUUGCAUUGGUAUUGUUGUGUGAUUAAGGGAUUACCACAAUUGUUAGAAAGAGCACUUAAAUAUAAAGAACAGAUGAAAAUCUUGGGAGAUCUUGAAGAUAAUGAUGUUCAAGUAGUAAGGGAUCCAUUAAGAGCAGAAAUAUUUAUUUUUGAUUCACUUUCACUGAAGCAUUCUCACACUCCAUUCCCAUUGAAGAAAUUUAUAAUGGAUUAUUGCUUUCACAAAUAUGAAGUUGAGAUCCCCAAGGAACAAUUUCGAGUCAUAAAUGCUCGUGUACCCAAACAGAAUAAUUUUAAUGAUUGUGGGAUUCAUGUGAUUUAUAAUGUUCGUAAAUGGCUAAGUGAUUCUACCGAGUGUGAAAGAAUAUGGAAAUCAGGGAAUUCCAAACAUCAAUCAAGGCAAUUUUUCAAGGCAUCAGAAAGAAAUGGAAUGAGAAUUACAUUAAGGGAUACUUUACUUGACCUUCAAAAGUCCGAUAAAAAUAUUAAGGAUGAUCCAAGGAAAAGUGAUAGUUCUGAACAUGAUGAUAUAGAAAUCAUUGAAAUUCCUAAAGAAGUAGAGAAUAGGAAAAAGAAGACUACACCAGAGGAGAAUCCCAAGGAAGUAGAUAAAUCAAUUGGAGAUUUGAAGAAGGUUAGAAAUGACAAAGUAAAAACUAGGAAUGAUUCACCUAGCAAAUCCGAUUCACCAGUUUCACCGGAAUCAACAUAUAGAGAAUAUGUUAAGGCUAAGGGGAUAAUAGAAAAGAUGAGUCUUCAUAAAAGAACGCUUGACCCGAAAGCAAAAGAAAAUGAAUUUAAUUCGUUUUUAGAAACGAUUAUCACAAAUAAACCACUUAGAAGGGGACUUUCAGGUAGAAAAUUAUUACGACAUACCAUUGGAAUAUUGAAUGAAAUCUAUGUUGAUGAAACGUCAUUUACUAAGGAAGAACUUGAAAGAAUAGCCGAUUUUGCUGACACCAUGAAUUCAUUAGAUGAAUCAACAGAUCACGAUUCAAUUGCUAGUGAAAUCGGGAAACUUUUAAAGUACAAGAGGAAGAAGCUGAAUAGUAAAUCCUCAACUCCUACAACCCCCACCACUCCUACAAUCAAAACCAAUACUAUCACUGCAUCUUCUAACGACACUCAGCCAUCAAUUAAGCAACGACCGAAGGAUGAAACUCUUGUAAUAAAACAUACACUGGAUAACGAAGAACUAAAUAAAAGUGUUAAUGAAUUAAAGAUUUCAGAAAACGGGAAAUUACUAAACGGAGAGAAAAGAUUGGCAAGUCGUAGAACUCCAAGCUUAACCAACAAUGAACUUAACGAACUGCAUUACGAUUUUCCAGCCAUAUUAAAAUCAUCAUACAAAAGCUUCCCCAAUAAACGUCGCAAAUUAAAGGAAGUCUCACGCCAAUAA